AGGUAAACACCAGGUAAAUGUAUUUACCUGUACAUUUGAUGUGUAUGUAGAAAUGAUAUAAGAGUGAAAAACCACCGGACAUUUAAAAAGUAGAACAUUAUUUGUCAAAAGAAUGAAUAGAAUACACGUUUGUAAGGUGUAGUGAAAGAUUUAGUAGGAUUGAAUACUUGUGAAACGAUUUCUCAACGUUUGUAUGUAUACAUAGUAAAAGUAUUGUCGAUAAACAAAUAGAUAACCAUGAAUCUCAGAAAAACUAAGUUAUACAAAACAGUAGUUUCAGGCAGUCCUGAUGCCGUAAUGAAAUCCCUAUGGGAAUAUUUAAAAAGCGGAAAAGAUGUCAAUCUUCGAGACGAAGAAACAUCAGGAACUUUACUUCAUUUGCUUGUUGAAUAUGGGGAAAGAUUCUGUGAACCAGACACAAUCCAAGCUAUUUAUAUGAUGGUUUGUAAGGAUAUAGAGAUUGAUGCUCUUGACAACAAAGGAGAAACGGCUCUUCACAAAGUCAUGAGAAAAAAGGGUACCUACAGGAUCAUGAUGGCUAUUAUCAGAUGCGGAGCUGAUACAAGAAUACUAAACACCGAUGGCAAGACAGCCGAAGAUGUACUACUUCAAGAAAAACCAGAAGGUUGGCAGGAAAUGCAGCACUGGUAUAACAAAUAUAAGCCAGGAUUAUGGGCAGCCUUAGAUCAAUCAAAUCCAGACAGACAUGUAGUAGAGCGUCUUCUGAAGAACUGGUGUAGACUCACAUGUGUCAAAAAUGGCAAUAUAGUUAGCAUCAAGUCACUGGUUCGUGAUGACAUUCAUAAACGUGACCUGUUGGAAAUGAUAGAAAGAUAUGAAAAUCCAAAUGAAAUGGCUUUAGCAUUGUCAGCAGGAUUUGGAUUUAUUGUUAAAGGAUGGGUGAAGGCAGAUGCAGAACUCUUGAAGAGUGUAGAUGUUAACACUAGAGAUUUUUCAUAUCAAUAUGCCUACCCUGAAUACCCAGAGACUCCACGACCUUUACUUGCUUCGGCUUGGGAAUCAAACAAUUAUGAUGCAGUGGAUGUUCUUAUGAAUAUGAAACCUGAUACUCGUGUAUUGUGGACUUAUGAAGGAUCGUCGAAGAAUCCACCAAAGCCUGUUUUCUUUCAGUUGUUAUGUGGAAAUACUGUGCCUAAAGAUGAGAAAGUUGUUUUACGAGUCCUCGAAGGAUCAGAUCUUUCUGCUCGGGACUAUGAUGGCAAUACAAUAUUACACACUGCAGUAACUUAUGAUGCAUCUGAAAAUAUCUUCAAGAAUCUCAUGGCACUAGGUGCCGACAUCGCAGCCCGUGACAGCAAAGGAAGAACACCACGUGAUGUAGCUGUGAAAUUGAACAAAUCAGUAUAUGUAGUUGCAAUUGACGAAUUUAUUGUUAAACUAGUCAAGGAUAAAAAAUUCAAUGAAGUGGAAAAACUAAUAUUACAUAAUUAUGACCAUUUAGUGGAUAUUACGGACAGUUCUAAACGGACAAUAGUUGAUAUUGCCAAAAGGUCCAGUAGCCGUCAAAUAUAUGAAGUAAUUAAUCUCACAACUGCAAUUCAUGCAUACAUUAAAAGAAUCUUCACAGCUGUAGACGAUGGAUUAAUAGAUGAUGCAAAGAAAUUACUUUCUUGCAAAAAGUAUUCAAAUGUCCGAGACAAAUGCGGACGAACGUUGUUACAUCGUUGUAUAAUGAAGGAAAGAAGUGAAAUGCUGACGUAUUUAUUGGACGUCUGUUCACAACAUAUAAACAUCGGCGAUAAUCUGGACAGAACUCCACUUCACUACGCAUACCUAUUUAUGCCACAGAACGAUGUUAUUGAAAAGUUAGUUAAAGCUGGUGCAAUGAAGGAUAGACAUGAUCCGAAAGGAAGAAAAGCCGCAGACUACGCAUUAGAGGCCAUUGGAACACAAACCAAUUCUGCUCUGAGAAAAGAUGUCAGAGAUUUUGACCUGAAUAUUUACCUGGCAGAGCGGGAUUUUGAUGAAACAGUUAAAGACGCAAUUAAGAAAGGAGACCUAAAAACAGUAAAGAGUUUGAUAUCAGGUGUUCAAAGUUACAAUACUGAUCUGUCUAGGUUUAGUUAUCUAUUGUUUGACUGUAUAGACAACAAAGAUACAGAUAUUGCUAAGUAUCUAAUAGGAAUAGGAUUCAAAUCAGAAAUCUGGAAAGAGUAUACGAAAUGUGACCCUAACGAUGAUAUGUGUGCAAUGAUGGAGUGUGGACAUGGCCCCACUUCUUUGAAAGAAAGGGCAAUGGAAAUGAAAUGUGAAGAUUUCGUCAGUUUCUUAGAUAGGAGACAAAUGAAUGGAACGGUGAAAUCGGAAAAUCAAAAUGGUGAUGUGAAUAUUUUGUCCUGUGGAUAUUGAUGUAUAUAAACUUUGAUGCCAAAAUUAAUCAAAGGUACACAAAGAGAUUUGGCGGGAAAGCUUGUAUAGUGUAUCACAGCAUGUUUGUUAUUUUAUAUACAAACUGCUUACCGGCUUGUAACUUCAGAGUAGUUAAGCCUUAAAAGCUUAGAUUUAAUGUAAACCGUGAAAUAUACUAUUUGCAUAAUACAAAUACACUUUGUAAUAUAUGUACAUGGUCAUUCAGCAAAUCUCUUUUACGUAUUAUAGGAGUUUCUCUUUGAAAAAGAUAAAGUCCUCAAAUAAUAAAUAUCUAUUUUUUGUGAAACAUAUAAUGGAUCUCUUGUGUCUUCGUCUAACAUUUAUAAAAGAGUUCCUGUAUAAAAUUUGGAAGUUUAAAAGUGAGAAUUGUAAUAGGAAUUAUUUUUUUAUCAUAUCUCAUAUCAUUUAUUUCAACGUGAAAUUUUUAUUAAAUUCUAAUUCUGAUGCCAUUAUCACUAAGGAUAAUGGAUCAUCACUAUAGACUAAAAGAACUGCCGUGUUCAACUUCAAAAGAAAUAUUGAAAAUUUUUACCUAAGUUCGGACUACUUGUAUAACAACUCGUUUGUAAAAUUAUGAAGAAAAGACCCAAACUACAAGCGUUAAAUCUUCAUAGUUUGCCAGGCUAAAUUGAUUACAAUCGUUACAUUUUGUCAGCUGCAGCAAAGAAAUGUUUCAGUUUAUUCAGAGCCAGUCAGUUAAUCAAAUGACAAAAACCCUGAUACUCAACAGAAUGUAGUACUUAAGUUUAACCGACCAUUUUCUUCGGAAAAUACCUGUAUCAAGUCAGGAAUAUGAUAGUUGUUUUCCUUCGUCCUAGUGGUUGAUAUAGUCUAACUUUUGAUUUUGACAGGUUUUAUGGACUUCCCCCUUUCAAACAUUAUUGUCUUUCUCAUUUCAUGUAUAUAAAAACAACCAACAUGAGAUUCACGCAUAUAUUGUUACGUCUCAAUUUAGCAUUUUAAAUUGCAUUAAACUGCCAGGUUAGAAAUAUGUACAUGUAUUAUUUUAACAUAUUAUAUUGAUUUUCUUUAUUAUUUGUAUUAUUCGGUUUUAUGGAGAGAAGUGACAACGAUAAUUGCUUAUAUACAGAUAGGAAUGUCCUCAAAACUGUAGAUUGAAAAAAAAUGUGUUAUUUUGUUUAUUUUCUACCAAUCAAUUAUGUGUUAAAUUUAUAAUUAGUGUUGUAAAAAUAAGUUUGGUGUUAUUUGUAUUGAACAACAUUAUUUUCUUAUUAUUAUCUGCUACCCAUUUCCUUUGAAAAUUAAAUGAAUUACCAUGCAUUUUAUCUUCGUUUUUAUUUUUCAGUCAAUAUAUGUAAUCAUUAUUGUACAGAUGGACAUUUUUUUUUGUUAUUUCAUUUUACACUAGCUAGCUCUCCACAUUAAAUCUCAUACUUUUUAUAUUAUGUAAAACAUCUAAUUUUCAAAUGAAAAAAAAAACUCAACUAAAUUUUCGUAAUGUCUAUGUCGGUAUGCUUUUGAUGUUAGACUGUAACCGAAGGUUUACCAAAUGUUCCAUUAGCUCCUGGGUCUGCUUUUGGUGUUUGACUUUAACCGAAGGUUUACCAAAUGUUCCAUUAGCUCCUGGGCCUACUUUUGAUGUGAGACUAUGACCGAAGGUUUACCAAAUGUUCUAUUAUCUCCUGGGUCUGCAUUUUGAUGUUAGACUAUAACCAAAGGUUUACCAACUGUUCCAUUAGCUCCUGGGUCUGCUUUUGAUGUUAGACUAUAACCGAAGAUUUACCAAGUGUUCCACUAGCUCCUGUGUCUGCUUUUGAUGUUAGACUAUAACCAAAGGUUUACCAAGUGUUCCAUUAGCUCAUGGGUCUGCUUUUGAUGUUAAACUAUAACCAAAGGUUUACCAAGUGUUCCAUUAGCUCCUGCCGUAUAGCAAUAAAUCCCUAUAUGCAUGAUCAUUAGAUUUAGUGAACUUUGACAGUUUAGGGAGACAUCUCUCUUUGUAAGUCAAAAUAAAAUUUGACCAGCAUAAUGAAAUCAAAGCAUCUUAUAAAAGUGGAUAUGAUGUUUUGGCUAAGGAUAUUUUUGUGUCAUCUAGAGGAUAAAUAAGUUAUAAUAAAACUUCAUUUGGUUAAAUUCUAAUGUUUUUAAAAAUAAAUGAAAAUAUUGGAACAUCUUCUGUUAUCCAUAUUAGUAUCGAUCAGUCCCCAACCAUCAAGUUCACGUCAGAUAUUCUUCAUAACCAAUCAAGUUCGCGUCAUAAAGCUUUACAAUAAUGCAAGUAUUGUGUGCAUCGAAAUAUUGUGUAUACAAGAGAAAAAACAGAAAAGUAAAUGUCAGUUAUAAAGCUUUUUGUUUUCUUUUUAGUAAAACCAUUGAAAGAUAAAAAUGUUCGUAAUGACAGAAAACUGUAAUGUUAAUUAAAAAUAUGAUCUAAUACUUAUUAUUCGUUGGGUCAAUAUAUGUUGAAAUAUUAUGUUGCAUAAUGUAGUUAAAAAUGUCACGAAAUACUUAUAGCAUACAUAUGAUGUUUUUGUUGCAAUCUAAAUAAAAUAUUGUCAAUCGAUGAAA